CAGAGGCGGGGUGAGGGACGAAGGGGAAGGGAAGGGGAGAGGCCCCGCGUCAGUACCCGCCUUUUCACUCACCGCACGUCCGCGAUUAGCUCGGAGCUUAAUGGUAGUCACCGAGCGAGUUAAUGUAGAUGUCCCGCGUAUCGACGGAGAAGACGAAUGAAUUCAUUUGCGCUCGCUUUCGAUGUUCGAGCUGCUGCGAUGGGGGGUAAGCCGGGGCCGGUGUCGACCGCGCCGUCUUCAGCUCGCGCGCUCGGCGCCACCGUGCAUGUCGAGAACGCGCAAAGCCCGCCGCCAUCCCCACGUUCGUCCCGUCUCGCCGGUCUCGUGGUCCGCCGUCUCGCCAAUCCAGUUGACGGCCACGCUCGUCUCGUCGGUCCACGACUCGCUGGCUCCCUCGCUCGUGUGCUCAUCUCGUCGGGCUUCGCUCGUGCUCGUCUCGCUGGAUCGUGCUCGUGCUCGUCUCGUUGAACUGUGCUCGUGCUCUCGUCGGUUUUGCUCGUGCUCUCUUGUCACUCAUGCUCGUGCUCGCC